AUGAAGGCCAUCAGGCGUUCUCUCAAAGGAGAGAAAGAUCCCAAACAUCACCACCACCAUAUUUCCAUCACUCCCAAGUCCGCCAUUGCCAUUCUCCCCCCGAAAAAGGUCAUCAAAGCUCUUUACGACUACCAACCCGAGUUCGGAAACACGCAGGAAUUGGCCUUCAGCAAGGGCGACUUCUUUCACGUCAUCAGCAGGGAGGACGACCUCGAUUGGUACGAAGCGUGUAAUCCCCUCAUCCCUAGUGCCAGGGGGCUGGUGCCCGUUUCUUUUUUCGAGGUCAUCGGCAAAAACGAGCGAGACAGUGGCGGCUCCGUCGAGCUGCAUAAGAAAGAGCAUCACGACUCGGGUUUCUCAGAUCGCGCUGCUCCGCUAGCCUUUUCACCUCCCCCGGAAUCCAACGUCGCGCCCAGAUACCCCUCCAUCCUGAGAAUGUCAACAUUGGGCAAAGGUGGUAACGGUGCCAUGGUUUACGGUAUCGUCCAGUACGAUUUUCAGGCUGAGCGCCCUGAUGAGCUCGCCGCCAAAGCCGGCGAGGCGAUCAUCGUCAUCGCCCAAUCCAAUCCCGAAUGGUUCGUCGCCAAACCCAUCGGUCGUCUCGGCGGCCCGGGCCUCAUCCCCGUGUCGUUUAUCGAGUUGAGGGACAUGCAGACCGGUCAGGCCGUGACCGACCCAUUGGAAGCUGUGAGAAGGGCCGGUGUGCCCAAGGUCGAGGAAUGGAAGAAGAUGACGGCCGAAUACAAAAACAGCAGUAUCACACUGGGCAAGAUUGACUCGGCUGGUGGAAGCAGUAUGAGCUCCGCCCCGUCGGUCGCUGAAAAGAUGUCCAUGGCUCCUCCAAGUACAAGCCAUUCGAGCCAGAAUGGUAACACUUUUGUGAGUAACGUGUCAGCCUCUCUGCGGCGGACAUUGCUGAUGACUCAGGGCUAUCAUCACCGCAAUACCAGCAAAGGAGCCAUCUCGCAGCAUUCAUCACAGCCCCCGCCGCCCACGAGCUACCAGUCCCUUUUGGCUCCAGUGGCUGCGUCGAUCCCCCGAUACUGCUUCGACAACGACAAAUACUGGUACAUCAUUGAGGCCAAGAUGGAAGAUGGUCGCUGCUGGGAGCUGUCCCGAUACUACCAUGACUUUUACGACUUCCAGAUCGCUCUGCUGACCCAGUUCGAGGAUGAGGCUGGUAACCGAGGGAAGCCGCGCACGUUGCCUUUUAUGCCCGGCCCAGUGACUCAUGUCACCGAUGCCAUCUCCAACGGACGACGCCAAAACCUCGACGAGUAUAUCAAGAAGCUCUUGGCCAUGUCUCCGCACAUCGCUCGCUGCCAGCUGGUCCGUCAGCUCUUUGCGCCGCGUCCCGGAGACUUUGAAAUCGACCCCAAUGCGUUUGGAGAAGACGCUCGAUACUCGGCAGGGUCUCACCACUCCUCAGGCCACGAGGCAUCCCGCAGUGCAUCCCGUACCGCAUCCCGCCAGUCCUCUCAAGCUCAAAUGAACGCCCAAGCAGACCGAGCUUCGCACCAGCGGGCGCAGCCUUCUCUGAGCAGCCCACCAUCGAUGAACCGUCAGCCAAGCUCUCUGACACAGGUGUCGACCACUUCCAGCAGCAGUGCCAUCAAAGUCAAGGUGUUCUUCCAGGAUGACCUAAUUGCCAUCCGGAUACCGAAUGACAUCAGCGUCCACCAGCUGAAGGAAAAGCUCAUGGAGCGUUUGAAGGUGAACGAGGAUAUCGUGGUGCAAUACAAGGACGAGCCCUCGGGCACAUUGGUCGACCUUCUUAGCGACAGUGAUCUCGACACCGCCAUCCAACGGAAUUCCAAACUGACCCUCUACGUGAGCCUUGCAUAA